AUGUUGGCAACUCGUAUUCUGUUGUCAAACUUCCAAAACAAAAAAUUUCACCUCUGUUCUGCGAUUUUUAUUUUUAGAAUUUAUUUUAUUUUACUUAAUUGUUAAGCUUAAUGUAUUUCUUUAAAUGUGUGUAUUGAAUAGAAUACAAAAUGCUGAUCAGACAGUUCAAAGGCGGUCUACAAAAAUGUUGUGUGUACAGAUAUCUCGGAAUUGGUAGCAGGAGGUACGCGCACCGUGUAAAUUCUUUGGAUCUGGAAGAAAGACUUGAUGGAUGCUUAACUACCUUGCCAUCGGAAGCUAAAGUGGUAAUAUGUGGCGGAGGAGUUAUGGGAGCGGCGGUGGCGUACCAUCUAGCCAAGCGCGGCUGGGGAGAUAAAACAAUAUUGAUUGAGAAAGAAUGGGUUGGUGGGGGAAGCCGUUGGUACUCCUCAGGGCUUGUUGGUGAAUUCAAGCCUUCACUUGCUCAAGUGCGUCUUGCACAGUCUUCUAUUCGACUUCUUAAGGAGUUAGAAUCCAGAGGCCGUAAGACUGGCUGGAAGCAGUGUGGAUCCUUACUCCUUGCGCGCACCCGAGAUCGAAUGACAGUCUACAGGAGAAUGAAAAGUCAGUCAGUAUCAUGGGGCAUACCAUGUGAGCUGGUGACUCCAAAGAGAUGUCAAGAAAUCUGGCCAAUGUUGAAUGUCGAAGAUAUUCUUGGUGGACUGUGGAUACCAGGGGAUGGUGUGGGUGAUCCCCACCUGUUUUGUAUGUCGUUAAUAAGGGAAGCUGUAGAUAAUGGCGUGAGUGUGAUAGAAGACUGUGCAGUAACAGGUGUUCUAUCCAAAGAUGGGAAGGUGUCUUGCGUGGAGACCACAAAAGGCACUAUUCAGUGUAAAUACUUUGUGAAUUGUGCUGGAUUUUGGGCGAGGCAGGUGGGCCAGCUUGCAAGACCUCAAGUCAAAGUACCACUGUUGCCCUGCGAACACUACUAUUUACAUACAAAGGCGAUUGAAAACUUAGAUCCUAUGACACCUGUUGUCCGCGACCCUGACGGUUACAUCUACUUACGGGAAAGAGAUGGUUGUAUUUUAGCUGGUGGCUUCGAACCCGUUGCCAAGCCUGUUAAUGAAGAAGAAAUCCAGAAUUCAGAGCAACGCCACGUGGCCGAAGACUGGGACCAGUUCCACGUGCUCCUCCAGGAGCUCCUGAAACGGGUCCCUGCUCUGAACCAAGCUGUGUUGCACAAACUGUGCAAUGGGUUGGAAGCAUUCUCUCCAGAUUGCAAGUGGAUCGUUGGUGAAACACCAGAGAUGUUCAACUACCACGUGGCGGCCGGCAUGAAGACAGUCGGCAUCUCGGCCGCCGGCGGGGUCGCGGAGGCAACUGUGGACUCGAUAGUCGAUGGCUACACCAAAUACGACAUGUACGAACUGGACAUCAACAGAUUUCUAGGUCUGCACAACAAUAAGAGAUUUUUGAGGGACCGCGUCAAGGAAGUACCAAGUGUGCACUACGGUCUACCAUAUCCGUUCCACGAAUUCGAAACUGGUCGCAAUUUGAGAUUGUCCCCAAUUUAUCCGACUUUGCGAGACAAUGGUGCCGUGUUUAGUCAAGUCAUGGGCUACGAGAGACCUACGUGGUUCGAAACUAUUGACAAGGACGGCAAGGAGUCGCCCCAGAAACCGCUGCCGUUCAAAAUUGCUCAUACCAAGACCUUCGGCAAGCCGCCGUGGUUCGACAUCGUGCAGCGUGAGUACUGGGCGUGCCGCGAGGCUGUCGGCCUCUCCGACUACUCCUCCUUCACAAAGAUAGACAUACAGUCGAAAGGUCUGGAGGUGGUGGACCUGCUGCAGCACCUGUGCUCCAACGACGUGGACGUGCCCGUGGGCAGCAUCAUACACACGGGCAUGCAGAACGAGCGCGGCGGCUACGAGAACGACUGCAGCCUCGCGCGGAUUGCAGAGAACCACUACAUGAUGAUAGCUCCAACUAUCCAGCAGACGCGAUGCAAGGUCUGGCUGAAACGUCACCUGCCCAGCAACGGCUCGGUGACACUCUCCGAUGUGACCUCCAUGUAUACAGCCAUCUGCGUCAUGGGCCCCUUCACCAGGAGCCUCAUGUCCGAGCUCACCGACACGGAUCUCUCGCCCUCCAACUUCCCGUUCUUCACCUUCAAGGAGCUGGACGUUGGAUUGGCCAACGGGAUCAGGGCUAUGAACUUGACACACACCGGGGAACUGGGUUACGUGCUCUACAUACCUAAUGAGUUCGCGCUGCACGUGUACAACCGUCUGGUGACCGAGGGUGAGAAGUACGGCAUCAGUCACGUGGGCUACUAUGCGUCGCGAGCGCUGCGGGUGGAAAAAUUCUUCGCGUUCUGGGGACCGGACCUCGACACCAAGACCACGCCGCUCGAGUGCGGCCGCACGUGGCGGGUCAAGUUCGAUAAGGACAUCCCGUUCAUCGGGCGCGACGCCCUGCUGCGGCAGCGCGAGGAGGGUGUCCGGCGGCAGUACGUACAGCUGCUGCUGACCGACCACGACCACGAGCUGGACAUGUGGUCGUGGGGCGGCGAGCCGGUAUACCGCGACGGCAACUACUGCGGCCGCACCACCACCACCAGCUACGGAUACACGUUCAAGAAACAGGUGUGCCUUGGUUUCGUGCAGAAUAUUGACUCGAAAGGCGUGGCACAGCCCGUCACCAACGACUACCUGCUCAGCGGACAUUACGAGAUUGAUAUCGGUGGCAUCAGGUACGCGGCCAAAGUGAACCUUCACUCGCCGAAUCUGCCCACCAAGUAUCCGGACAAGGAGCGCGACGUGUACCAAGCGACGAGGAAACUGCACGACCCACAGCAGUUCCUCGGAAGGCAUUACCAGCCGUGAGCCUCGGACUCGGCACAAGUAACAGUACCCCGCACAAUAUGGCCGCUCCCUCCAUUUAAUGUCAAUUGCAAAGGGUCUUACUAUCCUAUAUAAUCAUUACAGUGUAUUUCAAUAAAAUUUAAUAUAAAAAUAACUAAGUAUCGUUAAAAAUAAUCACAGAUCCGCUAUCAUAUCCAUAUUGCAUAAGUAAUGAAUAAAAAUAAUUAAAUAUUCAAUUUAUAAUUUGUACUGUGGUCGGAAUAACUACAUAGGACAGAUAAAAGAAACACUAGGUGUCAUGUCGUAUAGGGACAUCAAGGAUAUGGCCUGGGAUAGAGUUGGCUGGAAGGAGAUGCAUGAAUUAGUUGCACCGACAAGAGGAAACUCUUAAAUGAAAAGAAAAAGACUAUGGUCGAAUCGAUUAUUCGUUUAUAAUUUUUAUUAAGUUUUAUUGAAAUAAAAUACAUAUAAUAUUUAGAACAAGAUAUGUCACCUGUGAUAUCAAAAAUAUACAGCUUGAUAUCAAAAUACUUACCACUCUUGUAUUGAUCGAUGAUAUUUGACUAGUGAAACUGAACGCUUUGAUCAAAGGCGCGCGGCUGGAAAUCGACAAUUUUAAAACUUGACCUACUAACUUGACAGUUCUUUUUUUGAAUUUUCAAAUGUUGUCUCUGAGAAAAGUUUUCAGCUUCCCUGAUAGAAUACUGUUUAAUAAAGUAAGUAAAGAUUUUGUUAUCAACCUGUAUAUUAAAAGGGAGUAAUUAAAAGUGAUAAAGACUUAAUAGACUGUUAGUAACAACAAAAAAAAAUGAGAUUAUGUAAUUUGUACUAUAAAAGACAUGUUGUUUCUUGCCAAUAAAUAUUUUUCAUUAUAUUUCUAUAAAUAAUAACGAUUAAAGAUCUAUAUUCAUCUCAUAAUUAACAAUUAGUCGAAUACUAAGCAAUAUCAUGAUACUCGGAAAAUGAAAUAAAUGUAAAUUGUUUCCAUGAAUAAUUUCAUUAUUUAUUUACUAAGAAGCAUCACAUUAUACUCAGACGUUAGAGGUCUCAUUAAAAUAAUUAAAAAAAAAAUUAGAGGAUCACCAUUCAAUUUCUUUGUAGUUUUUGGAAUCUAUUGAAUUUUCUCUGUAAAUUAUUUGUGACUAUUUUUUUUUUAUACAGCUUAGGAUGGCAGACAAGCUGACAGCCCACCUGAUGGAAAGUGGUAACCGUCGCCUAUAAACAUGAGCAGUACUGUGGAUAUAAUAUGUUAAUGAACUAAAUACAAAAAUGGUGUAUUUUUUAUACUUACAAGGAGUCACGCAAUUUUUUUUGGUACAAUUAAUGAUAUUCUCAAUAUAUGAAAGUGGUGGCCUCUAAUGAAAUCAUCAUAAAAUCAUUAUAUGGUAUUUAAUUAUAGUAAUAUUUAUUAGUUUCAUUCUUCACGCCUAGUCCUUCUUGAGGAUACUUAAAAAAAAAAACUCAUUAAACCUUUACUGUUUGAUUUAAUACAUUUUCAUAUA